AUGUCGGCCCUGACGAAGUUAGCCGAGCCGCGUCGGUUGAGGCAGUCUGGGGCGGCCCGAGGUCUGGCUGGGCCUAGGGGCCCGACCUCUGGGCCGGGAUGGCUGCUGACAUUCGCAGAACAAGCUUGCCAGUUUGUCUGGUUUGUCUGGUUUGUCUGGUUUGGCUGGGCUAGCGACUAUUUUGAGUCCAGAAAUCGGAGCAUCAAGUUGAGUCCUAAUAAGGCCAACCAUGCUCAAUCUCUCUCGACCCCUUCCUCCACCUUUUAUCCCUGCCCUGCUUCAUUCUCUUGCCUGCAUGACUGCGCGUCUGUUCGCAUGUAUACAUCUCGGUUCCUCGGCUUGUGGACAUGCCAGUCGGCUAGUAUGGUAUGGUAUGGUCGUACAAUGGGGCCUAAACGCAGAAAAAUGGCACCAACUAAGACGGCAGUGUAG